GCUGAUAGCAUGCUUGAGUGAGACCUGCAAAGUUGAUGUUUCAAGAUCCAAAUCCAAACGAAAUCGCGAAUAAACGAUACGGACUUCACUGCUGUCGAUCAUUUGAUGUCCUGAAAGACGUUUUAUACAGUUAUAACGAACACGUUUUCAUUCACGAAACAUGGUUGCACUGUCAUGCAACAAAGAAGCAGCGCCUGCAAGCGUACGGCUUGUUGUUUGCACGAGACGCUGUGGGAGAUUUAAUGCUGGUGUUACGGCGAACUAACGGGAUUUUGAUGCGUUUGAACCGAGAAGACGUCGUGUGGUGAAUGUCUUUUGGAGCGACAUGGCUUCGGUGAACUGUUUCGGUGGUCCGGAGGAGCUCGAGGACUCGAAUCACGCUUUAAGUUUGAUGAAAGAGCUGAAAUUAUUCUACGACUCGCAAUUAUUAGUCGACGUGACUAUCGAAGUAGAAGCUGACCGGGGGCCAGAGGACCAAAGUGUUUCCUCUACUGUUGCAGCAGGAACAUUUUUCCAGUGCAACCGCAAUAUACUGGCUGCAGCGAGCCCUUAUUUUAAGAGCAUGUUUACAGGAGGAUUGUAUGAGAGCACGCAGAGAAAGAUAACCAUUCAUGAUGUCGACGCUGACUCAAUGGCUGUCAUCAUCGAUUACUGCUACACUGGCAAAGUGACAAUCACAGAAGGCAACGUGCAAAGGCUCUAUGCAGCUGCUAAUAUGCUUCAGCUGGAGUAUAUACGGCAGGCUUGUGCUAAUUUCAUGACGAGAAGGUUGGACCUUUCUAACUGUGCAGGGAUUUUGAAGUUUGCUGACACCUUUGACAAUCUGGAGCUGAAGAGCAAGGCUCAAGCAUUCAUUGCAAAGAACUUUGUCCAGCUUAGUGCCAAUGUAAAGGAGCUUUGUGAGCUGGACCUGAGGCAAAUAAAAGAGAUCCUCACUCUGGAUUCUCUCGAUGUGGACUGUGAAAGGAAAGUGUGUUCUUUCGCUAUACAGUGGAUUGAGAAUAAUCUGCAUGCAGAUGCCGAAGAUGCAUCGCAGGUCCUUAGAUGUGUUCGGUGGUCUUUGUUUUCGGAAAAAGACGGGGUUUAUCUCGAUAGCCUUAAAUCGAAGCCUUUAAUAAAGAAAUAUCUCUCGAAUGUGUUCGAUGGGGUCUUCGAUGAGCAAUGCAGUGUGAUUUCAAAGGGUGUAAAUGCUACCAAACAAAGAGUCGGCAAGAGUGCGAAAGAAAUGGUCCUCUUCUUCGGACGGCCAAAUGAACCUUUCAUGUGCUAUGAUCCCUACAUGGAGGAAAUCUACUCAAUGGCUUCCCCGGUCAUUAACCUAUCCAAUCAGAACUUCAAACGCUCUCCAAUGGAGACGUUUUUGGUCUGUAGUACACCAGAGAACAAUUUGUACCUAGCCUCGCAACUGUCAAAGCACUUCUGGGUGUACAACCCAUUGUUAAAUUGUUGGCAGGAGCUGGCCGAUAGACUGCUCGGACGAAUGCACUCAUACAUCGGCUACCUCAAUGGGCACCUUUACAUUCUGGGUGGCAGAGAUCCGGCUUCAGAUGCCAGGCUCAAGGAAGUAGAGUGCUAUAGCAUUCAAAGGAACCAGUGGAUUUUGGUGGCCCCUUUGCCUCAUUCGUUGGGAAAGAUGCAGGUUGUGACAGUCAAUGAGCGACUCUAUGUGGUGAAUAAGAGGAGGAUGCUCAGCUAUGAGCCAAAGAAAAACCACUGGCUCCAGCGAGGCUCCCUCAAACGCAGUAAACUCCACAAAGCCUGUGUCUUUCAGGAACAGAUCAUCUGCCUGUGUGACAUCCCUGUGGUAAAAGCGUACAACCCAGCUCGUGGAGAAUGGAGGCGCAUUGGAGACAUUCCAAUUGAUAGCAGUGCUCUCAACUACCAAGUUGUGCAACACAACAACAAACUGCUUCUACUAACGAUUGCCAUAGUUCAUCACAACAAAAAUAGGCUUGUUGUACACGAAUAUGACCCUGCACGGGACACUUGGAAAAAUGUGGCCACCAUGUUUGGAUCCUCAUUUGGGUCAAUGAGUCUCUCCAGCAGGGUGUAUACUGCAUGUCUGGGUUCCGGUCAGAAUUUCGUCUCGGAGGAGGAUGAUGACAGUGGCUCCAGUGCUGACUGGGACUUUGACGGAUUGACUGAUGCAGACUCUGACUCCGGCAGCUCAAGCUCAUUUUCAGAUGAGAACUGGUAGUCAGUGUGGUUCUCAAAGUUUAAACCGUGUCAAAUGUGGAACUGUGCAUAAUACAGCCAAAUGUCAAAAAUGCUGCAAAAGUAUUUUGAGAUAAACAGUGGGGUCCAAAGUCUCAGACCAGAUUAAAAAAAAUAAAUAAAUGUAAACCUAGAAAUAAACUUUCAAGAUAAAAAAAAAAAAAAAGAUUUUGCAUUAUUUCUAAAUCACUAAUAAAAUGUAAGCACAUUUGCGACAUUGACUGUUAACUCCUUGCUUCAAAUGAAUCAAAAGAUGCUCUUUGGAACAUUCUCAGAACAUGCUGGAUAACAUGGAUCAUCAGGUUUUGCACAAACUUGAGUCCAUGCCAGCUUGAAUUUUAAAUUUUCAAAGUUUCAACAAAGAUAUCAUUUUUAAUAAAAAAUAAAUAAAUAACAGUAUGUGUUAAAUUAGAAAAAAAAAAACCUAAAUAUAAGCAUUUUCACUUGUGGCCUCAGACUUUUGCACCCCACUGUAGGUGUUAAUGGAUUUUCUUGAAAUUAUUAGCUUUGUAAAUAGUGGUUCACCCCACAACAACCAGGUGAAAAUUGACUUGAAAUUCAUGCUGCAUAAGUGUUAUUAAACAAAGGCUUGCCCUUGUAAUAAACAGCUAGUGAAUGAUACAUUGUCUCAGGAUUAUAAAUUGGUAAUUGUUAGCAUUUUGACUUUGCCAGUCUCUGGAGGUCACAAAUAAAGAACAGUAUUAUGUCUGAAUCUUAUAUAGAGUACAUUGGGGCCUAAUGAAAUGGUGCGUUUUUCUGGUACCAAAGUGUACUACUUUGGACAUUUCAACAUCUCUAUAGAAUAUUCAAUUACAACACCUAUUCAUCUUUUAUUAGUCAACAAGCAGUGUGCACUGUACAUCUUAUAGAUUCAGUUAUGAAGUGAGUUUAGGAAUAUUUCAUUAAUUAAAUCAUAGACCAUGGUUUCUUGUUAUUGUAUGUUUUGGAAGAAAGGCUGGGCUUUAGCCCCAUUGUACCCUACAUAGUUUUUUAUGUUUGUGUUUUUGCGUGUUUCGGCUAUAUAUUAAUUUGUUGUCAUUGUUGUCUAAAUGUCAGAAUAAGAAUGGGCCUUAUUGCCAAGUAUGCUAACACACACAAGGAAUUUGUCAUUAGCUUCCAGUGCAAAGAGUCUAUAGACUAUAUAGACUUUUAUUUGAGUCUAAAUUAUACUUUCAUUAUUAAUAAUCUAUUAAAUUAUGGUUCUGUAUCUCAGUUAUAAUUUUGGUCCUAAUUAAUAAAGUCUGUUUUUACUUUA